UCGAAUCAUAUGUCUAUUUGGCUUAAAAAGACGAUUAUUUCGUAAAAUUAUAACAACAGCACCGUCAUUCUUGUUCCUAUUAUAUGCGAGCAACGAAUUAAACGUGGUUUGUUGUAAUAUAACGUACAACUUACAGUGAUAAAUUUAACUCAAUAAUGGGAAGCAGUGGUCAGUUGUAUAGUUUGUCCUGGGGAGAAUUUAGUUCAUCACUGGCUUCUGCGGUACAAUUGUUAAGAGGUCAUGGGGAUCUAGUUGAUGUUACAUUAGCUGCUGGUGGACGCAGCUUUCCUGCACAUAAGAUAGUUCUUUGUGCAGCUAGUCCUUUUUUAUUGGAUUUAUUAAAGAGUACACCAUGCCAACAUCCAGUAGUUAUGUUAGCUGGUAUAGGGGCAGAUGAUUUAGAAUCAUUAUUGGAAUUUGUAUACCGGGGUGAAGUGAGUGUAGAACCUUCUCAAUUACCUUCACUACUUCAAGCUGCUCAUUGCCUUUGUAUUCAUGGAUUAACACCACCUACUAUAUUGACUGAAAAUGGAGAAGAGGUACCUGUAUCGGCAAUACCAACUGCAAAUGAAGCUUUAUCAAAGGAAGCAAUUAGUCCCUAUUUUCCAUUGAAACGAAGAAAAAAAAGAAGAAAGUCAUCCUCAUCCUCUGGAAAAUGGCCACGUAAUGCUAGUACAACUGAUAAUGACAAUAGGCCUGUUGAUGGAAGUGAUAAUAGUCGGUCAGCUAAUUAUGAUCAUAAAGAUGAUGAUAAUACAGAACAUGGUGAUGAUACAGCAGCAAACGAUCGAUUGGAAUAUUCGAAUCAUCGGAGUUGUCACUCGCCACGUGCUCAAGAAGCGCAGCCGGUAUCGACAGAAAAUUCUCAAGCAGGAACGCAUCAGGAUCAAAUAUCGGACAAUGAAUCGCAUCUUCACACUUUAAUGCCAAUGCAGCCAUAUUCUCCACUACAUAUACCACAAUUUCCUGGUCCUCUAAAUAUGGGCUUUCCUCCUGGUAUACCGCUCCCACUAGUUUCUCAGGGUACAACUGCUGGAACAGCAUCUUGUGGACUUACAGGCAAUAUGAAUUUGUCUAAAAUACGCGGUGCAUCUGACUGUCCAGGCGUUUGUCCACUAUGUGGUGCUACGUUACGGCAAGCGAGAAAUUUACGUAGACAUUUGUUAUCGUCUUGCAAGUAUCGAUUUAGUAGUAAUCCGGUUCAGAGUUCCCCGGCUGAUGCAAUGAUGAUAGAAGUAAAGCCUGAAGUCGAGUUAUCCAGUUAUAAUGAGCAGUCUAUGACGUAUGGAACUGAUAGUGGAAGUAGUACCUGUGAGCAAAUAAUUUGUAAGCCCAGCCCACUUCCUUCGCCAACAUCGCAGGGACCGAAUGUUGUUUCUCCUCAAAGCAACGUUCCUUUGAAUUUUAUGGAAUUAAUUUUAGGAGAUGGAUUGUCCAAAGCACGAAGUAUGUCUGACCAACCGGCGUCAUGUCCACUUUGUGGAGCAAUUUUGCGUCAAUCGCGAAAUUUAAGGAGGCAUUUAGAACUUCUACAUUUUGGUCUCGGUAGCAAUAAUAAGUCUGGUGUCCACAUGAGACACAGAAGAACCGAUAGAAAUAACGAUCUCGUUCGAUCGACGCUCGCAUCAAUUUGUUCACCACAUAUGACGAGGACGGAUUAUUCAAGAGCUAUAGAGAGCACUGAUUUGUCGACAUUAACGUCUUUAUCCAUUGCUUCGACAGUCAAUUCCAGCGCAUCGAAUGUCAGCCUUGCAGGAAGUUUGAUGGGAUCAGGUGUACUGGGAACCGGUGAUCAAAGCGGGAACUUAGUCUCUGCAUCAAGCUCAAGUACAGCUUCUAUUGCUUCUGCCAAUAAUGGAAUUUACUCGUCAGAUGGUAGUGCUAGUAUGCUAAAUUGCUUAUUACCAUCGCUACCAUCUUUACCUUCUCUGUCUUCUCCGCACGACGUGUUUCGGCAUGGUGAAAUGCUACGAGUUGGUAUCGCGUACCAUGAUUCUUCAAGGCAACACCCAAAGCAGUCACAGCGUACCGAUGUCACCUAA